AUGGCUAUAAAACCGAGUUCAAGGAUUAAAUUUGAGUUGAACAAGUCUGCGGAUGUUUGGUCUUUGUUCAGUCCACUCGUUAUGCCCAAGACGUCACUCAGUUUAGGGCAAGGAUUUAUGAGCUGGAAGCCACCUACUUAUAUUAGAAGUGCUAUUACAAAGGCUAUCGAUAGUGAUACAUCUGUACAUCAUUACUCACAUCCAAAGGGCAGACCACGUCUUCGUAACGCACUCUCAAAUCACUUUUCAAAGCAAUUCAAAUCCCUUAAUGGGCGUAAAUUGGAUGUUGAAUCUGAAAUUAUCGUUACAGCAGGCGCUAAUGAAGCCAUUUACUCAAUUUUGGGCGCAUUCCUUGAACAAGACGAUGAGGUCAUUUUGUUUGAACCUGCAUUCGAUCAGUACAUGCCAAACGUUCGUUAUAAUGGUGGCAAAGAAGUUUAUGUUCCUAUCAGAUUCCACGGUGAUCCUACAAGGAAUUCUACAGGCGAUGAUUGGAAGAUUGAUAUCAAUGAGCUGAUUGGUGCAAUCACUCCAAAGACGAAAGCAAUCAUAUUCAACACUCCACACAAUCCAAUUGGAAAGGUUUUUACUCGUGAAGAACUUCAAGCUAUUGCUAAUGUCGCCAUCGAACACAAUCUUCUCGUAAUCUCGGAUGAAGUUUAUGAGUCAUUGACAUUUGACAACGCUACACAUGAUAGAAUCGCCGAUGUUCCCGGAAUGUGGGAACGAACUCUUACUGUUGGUUCAGCAGGUAAGACAUUCGCAGCUACUGGAUGGAGAGUUGGUUGGGUUAUUGGACAUCCAGAUCUGGUCAAGGCAACACUCGCAACUACAAUGAGAAUAGUUUUCUGUGUUAAUAGCUUAGCUCAAGAAGGUACCGCUGUUGGUUUCGAGGAGGCUGAUCAGAACAACUUCUUUGAAACUCAAAGGAAGGAAUAUCAAGAACGUCGUGAUGUGCUCACAAAGCAUCUUGACCAGAUUGGAUUACCAUACACCAAGCCAGCAGGAUCAUACUUCAUAUUAGCAGAUAUAAGCAAAGUAAACUUCCCAGAGGACUAUCCAUUCCCAGAGAAUAUCAAGACACGUACGCGUGACUUUAGAUUUGCGUGGUGGAUGGCACAUGAGUUCGGAGUUGUUGCCAUACCACCAUCUGAUUUCUAUGGUCUAUCAAACCAACAUCUAGGUGAACAAUUCAUCAGAUUUGCAUUCUGUAAAGAGGCUGAUAUACUCGAUGAAGCUGGUGAGCGUAUUAAAGGUUUAUCAAACUAUAUAAAGUAA